AUGAAUGUUGAGGAAGUUGCAGAAAAUGACCAAGUUUUUUUGGCUGAAAAAUUCGUUGAACACCUUAUAACAGAGGGUCAUAGGUGUCAUCAUGACGAAAGACCUGAAUAUUUCGGCAACCACAAGGACUUGCCCACUUUCUACAAUGAAGAAAUGUUCAAAAAAGGCCAGGAUUUCUACCAUAAGAAUACUGUAGGAAUUUUUCUUGGCUGUUUUCUGGCAUUGUUGUCAGGAUUUGCACAGCCGUUUGCCAAAGUAUUGGUGAUGACCAAUAAAUCAAGCACACCAGUAACAGCAUAUAAGAGGUAUGCAGCUACUAUCAUGCACAUGUGCAGUUGGUAUGAAUCGGAUUUUCAACCUGGUUCAAAAUUGUGGACAUCUAUCAAGAAAGUAAGGAGAAUGCAUGAUACAGUAAGUGAACAGAGUAAAUCACGUCUCAGUCACCCUAUAUCUCAAUAUGAAAUGUGUGCAGCCAUCAUUGGAUUUAUGGGUUUUCCGGUGAUGAGAAACGAAAUGGUUGGGAUUUUUGCAAGCAGAGAUGAAUUGAAAUGCUUCAUUCACUUUUGGAGAGUAAUGGGUUAUCUUCUUGGAAUUCGAGAUGAAUUCAACAUUUGCAGAGAAUCGGUCGAAGAAACGAAACAAAUAUGUAUUUUACUCAUUCAACGUGAAAUGGCACCUAAUAUCAAGAAGAAGCCAGAUUAUUUCGGAACGUUGUCUAAAGCCUUCGUCAGUGGGAUGAAAGCAAUAUUACCAAUGAUAUCUUACGAUCAUUCCAUGGAAUAUCUCAAAUUUGUGGUAGAUAGCAUCACAGAAAGUGUUUCAUUGAAUCAAGCUGAAACUCCUCAAAGGACAAGUAAAUGGAAUUAUCUGUCUGUCACAGUUGGGAUAAUGCGAUUUGAUUUUGCGAGGAUCAUCUUGAAUCAAUUUUUUAAAAUCUUGCUGUGGUUAUUGAAAUUUUCUCCAAUUUUCGCUUUUUACAAAUUUGGAUUCCAAAAUUCACGAGUCAAAAUCUGAAAACAGUUACAACCGCUGAAAUGAAAUUAACCGAACAGAAAUUGACCGAACAGAAAAAACGCUUCAAGGUCUUUGAGUAUAUAUUUUUCAUUCUAGUAUUGGAAAAAAAAUUUGAUUUUUCAUUUCGAAUUAUCCAAUUUAAUCCAAUUUGAUGUUUAACAUCCAUGAAUGAAUACAAUACUUCAGAAAAGCAUAGAAUACCUCAAUUUAUAUGACUCUGUUCACCUUACAUUUGAUUGGAAAUUGAAUUGUAAUCAUCAUCUAUGACGGUAAACACAAUUUUUAUUAUAA